AUGGACCCCUGUGCAGGUGGGAAUGGAUGUGCCCACAUAUGCCAGAGUGAGAGUGGCGUGUCCAGGUGUGCCUGCCACCCGGGGUACCAGCUGUCUGAAGACAAAAAGAGCUGUGGAGAUAUAAAUGAGUGUGCUGAAGGUUUUGCUCACUGUGGUCACCUCUGUGUGAACACCAUGGGAUCAUUCACUUGUGCCUGCCAACCUGGCUUUGAGCUGGGAGCUGAUGGAAAACAGUGUUACAGGAUUGAAUUGGAAAUUGUUAAUAGCUGUGAAGAGAACAAUGGUGGUUGUUCCCAUCACUGUGAACAUGCAAUUGGUGGGCUCAGUUGUUCCUAUAACCAUGGACACCAGCUUGAUUCAGAUGAGAAAACAUGCAUAGACCUGGAUGAAUGUGAGAGUGGCAAAGCCUGCUGUGCCCAGUUCUGCAUCAACUAUUUAGGAAGCUAUGAAUGUGGUUGUAAGGAAGGCUUUCAGACCAGCCUGGAUGGUUGUGGAUGUGAUGCUUUAGAUGAUGAUGAACUAGAGGAAGAAGAGGAAUUAGAAGUUGUGAAGUUUCCAAGCCUUCUAUUCAAGAGCCCACCUCAGCUGCUUCAUUAUUUUGCUGCCUCUCUGCCUCCCACCUACAAAGAUGAGGAGGAUGAGGAGGGAGAGGAACAAGAUAUCCGAGGAGAACUUACCGCUUUGCACAAAGUUGUCUGUUUAGAUUACACCUUUGGACACGAUUGCAGUUUGAGUUGUGAAGAAUGCAUGAAUGGAGGCAAAUGUCGGGAAGGGAAGAGUGGGUUCACCUGCCCAGUGGGCUGGGGUGGACUUCUCUGCAAUGAAACUUGUUCCCCAGAGACCAGUGGGAAAGAGUGUGGCAGUGUCUAUCAUUGCCAGAAUGGAAGCACCUGUGAUGCCCUGACUGGGCAGUGCCAAUGUCCCUCAAGAAUUCAUGGAGCAACUCGUGGAGAUGGAUGCCCAAAAGGAUUCUAUGGGAAGAACUGCAAGAGGAAAUGUAAUUGUGCCAACAAUGGUCAUUGCCACAGGGUGUAUGGGGCCUGUAUGUGCCAGCCAGGACGCUAUGGGCGGUUUUGUCAUCUGAACUGUCCCAAGGGGGCCUAUGGAGCUGGCUGCUCUUCAGAAUGUCAGUAUGUGGAAGAGAACACCCUGGAAUGCAAUGCCAAAAAUGGUAUUUGCACCUGCAAAUCUGGUUACCAAGGCAACAGAUGCCAGGAAGAUGAGAACAGUGACAAAGGGGAGAAGGGAGGCUACAGCCGUAUCACCAGCACCAUAGGCUCAUUGGUCUCUACUCCAUUUCUGAAAACGCUCUCGGGAAGAAGCUUUUCCUAA